AUGUUAAAAUUUAGUUUCACUCUUGACGACGAAUUGGCUUCGAACCUUUGUAAUUUCCUGAAUACAACCUCCUCGUCGUCUGUUAUCGUGACCAUCAAAAAUGAGGAGAUGAAAAUGCUCUGUGAUCCUAUCCCGUCUACUGGUAUAUUAUCAUACAAUUUAAAACUCCUGCGGUUGGCGCUUCGGCGGUACGACACGAAAUUUGCCUACAUCGUGAUACGUCUACCGAAGGGUCCUUUGUGUUUAGUUAUUUACAUAGCUGAGAAUUCAUGCUCUUCUGACUCCAUGAAAUACCUUUUUGGCGAAUCGAAUCUUUCCAAUAGUUUGAAACCCCAUGAGUUCUUCACCGUUCGAGUUCACAGCGUUGAGGAAAUCCAACCCAACCUUUUUGAGAAUCUUUCUAAAGAGACGAAUCACGAUGAUCUCAUGACGGAGUCGGAGCGUUUGCAUAAGAAAAUUUCUGAGAUGGAGGUGGCGCCGCAGGUGCAAACGUUGCCUGUAACUUUGAUACCGCUCUCAGAGGGUGCGCGGGACGUGGUGCUGAAGUACGCCGUCGGCCUCGUUGAUACGGUAACCUUCAUGAUAGUAAACAACGAGAUCACGGUGGAUCGCAUUCUGGAGGGUCAGUUUGGGGACUUAGCCGCUCUCAAGGAUAUCCUUCCUGAAAACUAUCAUCGGUAUGUGCUUACACGCUACAAGAUUGACGACUCCGAUGAGAGCAAAGAUAUCAUGAUCUACAUUUGCCCUUUAUCGAGUGAUGUGAAAGAGCGAAUGCUGUACGCAUCCGCGAAGGCCGCCUUUAUUUCCUUUGCUAACGACCGUGGGAUCAAUUUUCAUCUUAAGAAAGAGGCCGCCAACUAUCAUGAGCUUGUAUCAGUAGUCAAGGAAGCGUUUUCAGAUAGUGUAAAGUCGACUGAUGAGGCCGUCGAGGUCUGA